CAGCUCUAAUAAAAAAAGAAGAAGUGGAAGACCCGAGAAUCAAUUUGCUUAAAAAAGUUCAUUAAAAUGAGUUAUAGUGCUUAUUGUAUAUUAAAUAUCAGAAAAUGCAUAAUAACAAAAUUUUCUCUUUCUUUUCCAAAAAAUGGUUACGCAAAAAAAGAUUCCGGUAGUAUAAGUAUGAUAGGAGGAACCUUAAAGAAAAAGAAAUUAAGUAAAUUGGGACCUAUCACAGAGAAAAAACUAUUACCAGUUGAAGAAGAUCCCAAUAAAUUGGUUUCAUAUGUUUGUGGUACUAAUAUUUACAAAACUGGAGAAGAUGUAAUUUUAAAAGAAAAUUCUGAGUAUCCAGAUUGGUUAUGGAGCAUAAGGUUAGGCCCUCCCCCCACAUUAGAAGAAUUGGAUCCAGAUUCAAAGGAGUAUUGGAGAAAAAUAAGAAAAAUGGGUAUGAGAAGAAAUAACCAAAUGGCAAAAUUCAAAAAACUAUAAAUAAAAUGUAUAGAUAUUUUUGUGGGUUUACAUUUAAUUUAACAAAGAAAGUCCACUAUUCAUAUAUAUGAACUUAAAUAGAAAAAUAUCAUAGUGUCAAGUAAUAUCUUAUUGCCUUGUUGUUUAUUUUUUAAAUAAAGUAAUGUACAUUUUUAUCUUACUGAUUUUCAAACUAUUAAUGAUUUAUUUGGACUAAAACAAGCUGAAUAUUGAUUAAAAGCAAAAUGCUUUCAAAGAAUAUAGAGCUUAAUUUUUGAAGAAAACAAACUAGUAAUAGUUUUUAAUAAGAUUUGUUGAUACAGAAUCUAGUGGUUAACACAAUGACAAUGACUUCCAAGGCAAUUUUAUUCACUAAUUUUAAAUCAUGAAAAAUACUAAUUUAUAUACAAAUUUAUCACUUAAAGAUAUAAAAAAUGGACUUUUUAAAGAAGUUUUAUUUCUCAGUUGAAUUAUUUAAAAAAAAAUAGGGAAAUAGGGUCGGGGAAAUUAUGAGUUAUUUUAUAGUUGGCAAUCAACAUGUUAAAUUGUUUUUGAAAGGACAGUAAUAUAUUAAUAGUCUGUUACUUAAUACCAUAUGAAAAACUAUUGUAAGGAAACUGAUCAAGGUAAUUAGGUCAUGGUCAUUUGAUAUGAUCCUUUCUACCUAACCAAAUCAUUACAUUAUAGCACGGUCUUACACACAGAUCUUCAAAUGAAGGCAGCAGGGAAGCUCAAAUAACGGGUACAUUGCCAAAUGAUGUAACAUGACAAAUUGGUCUGGGUUUAAACACUGUGCUUUAUAGUAAAAUGUUGAACAACAUAAUAAUAAUUAAUGUGCUUCUUCAAAAAUUAUUAUAAGCACAAAAUGAGAAACAGACUCAAUCAAUUCGGACUGCUGUAUCAACUCAAAAGAUUGAAGAAACAUUAACUGAACUUGAUAAGACCAUUGCUCUUCUGAAUGUUACCAAGAUGUAAUUUGUGCAAUAUUGGAUUGUGUGUAUUUAAUGGAAGUAGACCUUGCUAUUCCUUGUGGAAGAGUCCUUGGGUAGUUAUUGUGACUUGGGGUUUCAAUAUUUUUCGACAUUUCAGCUUAGUGACAUAAAACUUUAGUGUAAAAUCAGCCUGAGAGGGUAAAUCAAUGAUAACUCUUCAAUUCUAAUUAUUAUACAACUAAAUAAAUAUCAUGGAAGAAUUGACGCAUGAAAAACGUAAUAAUCAAAUGAACUUGUAUAUCAAGUUUUGAAAUUUACUCCAAAAAUUGAAAGCGAUAACCACAGAACAUACCCUAAGAUGUUAUGUUCUGUGGCGAAAACUGUGAAUAAAAUCUCGUUAUAGAUUGAAGAUCCAAACGGAUAAGUGAUCUAUCUGAUCAUUAAUUUCGAAAAGCCCUAAACUGAUUUUAGUUAAGUGAUCAAGGAAAAAAAUUAAGCCACGGUCUUACAUGUAACAUCGUGAAUUAAAUUUAUAUUCUUCUUCACUUAGUUUUUGUGCCCCACCUUGUAUGAAUUGGUUUUCGUAUUCAACAUAAUUCAGUAUAUUCCUACUAUUAUUUUGAUUUUCUGCGGUAUCGAUUGAGCAUAUUGACGAACAAAAUUACAAGGGUUACAUAACUUCUCAAUUGGAAGCAGCGCGUUGCAACGACCCAGUAUUUCAUAAACCUAUUCAAUUAAUAUCUGUUCCAUGUUCUUUGACAUUGCUUUGAUGUUAUUUGUGAUUACACUUACCUAAUCUAAGCAUAACACUGCAUAGUCGAAAAAUCCACGUUUCCAGGAGGAAAUUUCACACUUUUUUAAAUAAUCAAAAUAAUGAGGUCUAAAAACCAACAAAUAACUCCGUACUCAAAAGCUUACGGAAAAAUCAUUUGGUUACCCUGCGGCAGCCAUUUUUAAAUGGGCAUCAACUCAUUUUGACAGUUCAUUAGAUUCCCUCAUGGCGAGUGACAAACAUAAAAGAAGUUUUACUUUAUAUCAAUAAAAAAAACAAGAAGAAGAACCCGGUGUUAAUUUUGUACCUCAACUGAAACUACUAGUUUUUUGUAAGUUCAAAACUUCAUGUUCAAAUGAUUAAAAAUUUGAUCAUUCACAACCCAUUAAAAUAUAAGAUAAAAAGCGGUUUCCUCGUUUAGUGAUUGAUGGAGUCAUGUAAAAACAUGGCGCAAUGGGUUGGCUAUUUGGUUUCAAUUAAAUGUGCUGAUGAUAUUGGAACCUUUCAAGGAGAGAUUAUCUCAGCAAGUGCAUCGGCAAUAACUUUAACUAAAGUAUUUUGUAAUGGAUUUCCUUGUGAUCAAAAUGAAAUAAAAAUCAGGUACAAAUAAAACUAACAUCUGUGAUAUAUUAUUUAAAAGGUUUAUCUAGCAAUUAUUGCUAGUAGUUUCAAGUUUUACUUUCAAAAUUAUUUUUAAUUACUAAUUUUUUCAAUUUUAGAGCUGAUUGUAUCUUAGAUUUAAAAUUAAUUGACAAACAAAAGGACAAUUUAGAGGAGCCUAGCAUUAUUACUAUAGCAAAACCUAUUGCUAAAAGGGUUACAAGGACUCAGAGUACAUCAGAAA